UCUUGUUUUCUGCUCUUUUGGCCCUGUCCUUGUUAACUUUUUUUUUUUUUAAUUUUUUGUAUUUUGACAAAUUGAAGGUCUCUCUCUCUCUCCAAUGAAUGGAAUAUUUAACGGGGUUCGCUCUAUUCUCAGUUCUUACACUUUAUAUUCUUAGUUCGAGAAAGAAAGAAAGAAAGAAAAACUCUAAAUUAUGAGAAUUCGUUUUUUUCCCCAUAUUGAAUCAGCACUCAGCUCUGGAUUCUAACUACGUCUCAUCACAAAUACUCCUUUAGUUUCUGGCUUUUAAUUUCUCUCCCUUUUGGACCAAGUUUAUCUUGUCAUGGCCUUGUAUUUGGUCACACAAGUACCACUUACGUCUCUACUACCAGUAAAUGUAAACCCAGACCUUUUAUUAGCUUCUUUUAAAGCGUGGUUCUGCCCAAUUAUUGCUUCGAAACCCAGAAAACAUGUGAAAAUUGCGAGCCUUUUCAUUACAGUAGUGUCUGGUUUUUAGUACUUGGGUUUUUCAUUCUCUGCCUCUGGUCCUUAGAUACGAGUGUACCAUUAGAUUCUCGAACUCGGUUUUCGAAUCAAAGUUACAUUUACUUUCCUCCAGAGCUUGAUAUAGACAACUCUUUUUAAUUCAAAGCAAUAAUCUUCAGGUUUCUGGUUACAGCGAUGGUCUCACAAGACUCACCCCCGCAUCCACAUCCACAGCCAGACACAAAUAAUACUGUACACCAAUUUCUCAUCUCUGACCCCAUCACCACUCAAACCCAAUUCCAGAACCAACAUUUUAAUGCUUAUGGUUCCAACUAUAGAGGUCACAACAUAACAUACCCACCUCCUCAUCCUCCUCAUCUUGGAAUUAUACCCGGUAUUCAAUCACUUGGAGAAAGAAUGUCUAGAUCAAUAGACCUCGUCCAAGCUCCAACCACAGCAGAGGAUUCUCAGCUCAGCCACACAAGGCGUUUGAUGGAUCUUCUUGGAGCAUCAAACGACACCAACUACCAAGCCCAGAGGCUUUCUCUGUCUCUCGGUUCUCACAUGCUUGUUCCUUCUGUGGAAUACAGGCAGAGAUCGUUUAACUCAGAUCUCUUAACCUCAAGUUACUUGGUUUCCGGAGAAGAAGAAGCUCGUGAAGCGUGUAAUCCUCCAGGCUUGGAACAUGUAAACGACAGCUACCCUUUUUCAGGAAGCUCAUUAGCUUCCUCUUCAGCCUCGUUGAAUCGAUCUUAUUCGACGUUGUAUGGGGCUGAGUCUUUAGCCACUGUUAUUUCCCAGUCUAGAUAUUUAAAACCUACCCAGUCCCUUUUGGAUGAGAUUGUCAGCGUUGGUGGGAAAGCAGUCGAAAUAAGCAAUGAAAAAUAUGUUGACAAGUUACUUCGUGGGCAUCGAAGAGGAGGAGGAGGAGGAGGGAGAGGUUUAAGCCUUUCUUCUGAACUAAGAGCUGAGUUCUGCAAUAGUGGUGUCGUAUCCGCCGAGAAGCAAGAAUCCCAAGUCAAAAUGACAAAGCUCAUUUCAUUGUUGGAAGAUGUCGAGGGAAGAUAUGAGAAAUACUACCAUCAAAUGGCGGAAAUCAUGGCUGCAUUUGAGAUGAUUGCAGGUUCAGAAGCAGCCAAGUCUUAUACAGCUUUAGCACUUCAAGCCAUGUCUAGGCAUUUUUGUAGCUUAAGGGACGCCGUUGUUUCACGCAUUAAUGUUGAGAAACGAAAAUUGUCGCAAGAUUUGCCGAAAAUCAGCACCGGCCUAUCUCAGCUCAGUCUCUUCGACAGAGAGUCGAGAAAUAAUCGAAUCCCUCUUCAACAUCUUGGAAUGAUUCAAAACCAACGCCAAGCAUGGAGACCCAUCAGAGGUCUGCCAGAGACCUCUGUGGCAAUCCUUCGAGCUUGGCUAUUUGAACACUUUCUUAACCCUUAUCCAAAUGACUCUGAAAAACUAAUGUUGGCAUCACAAACAGGCCUCUCCAAAAACCAAGUUUCAAAUUGGUUCAUAAACGCACGAGUGAGGCUUUGGAAGCCAAUGAUAGAAGAAAUGUACAAAGAAGAGUUUGGAGAUUCUUCGGAAGAUUCAAAUCCAUUUGCUGGUGGAUCCAUGGCAGGGGAAGGUGUCACAGACCAUGAAGAGGACUGAAGACUCUGAAGAUAUGAUAUAAUAUGAUAGGACCAUGUCAUUGGCAGGGGUAGGAUGGGAAGGAAGUAGUGCUCAAAUUCAGCAUGAAUGUGGGCUCAGUUAGUGGUUCAACUUGAAGUUAUCGUGUCAAUCAAUGAAUCCCAAAAAAUAAAAGAAUGGGAAAGUUUUUUGACUUAACAAAUAGAAAUUCCUGGGCAAUUGAUGAAAGCAUUAUUGGAAUUUAGCCAUUUUCUCUGCAAUUAUUUACAUGUAUAAAUAUCUAUAUUUUCCUUUAGAGCUGUAUGCCAACCAACGACUAUCAUUUUCACUAAGAAUUAAAUUGGAUAGUGUAGAAUUGCUUCGAUUUUGCACCUACAUUUUUAAAUGCUA